CCAGUUCCAGCUCCGGAGUCCAGCUGUUAGAUCGGUAUCAUCAGGAUGAAGAUGAGACAGCUCGGAGCUCUGUGUCUGCUGACCCUGGCUGCCCUCGCCUCCGCCAGGCCCAAAGCAGGUCCUGAGCAGAAAUGCAAGUCUGGCCCGGUGGAUCUGGUCUUCCUCAUCGACAGCUCCCGCAGCGUCAGACCACAUGAGUUUGAGACCAUGAGGAAGUUCAUGAUCGACAUCCUGAGCACCCUGGACAUCGGUCUCAACGCCACCAGAGUGGCCGUGGUCCAGUACUCCAGCCAGCUCCGCAAUGAGUUCUCUCUGAAGACGCACGCCAAGCUGGACGCCAUGGUGAAAGGCAUCAAUGAGAUCAUCCCCCUCGCUCAGGGCACCAUGACCGGACUCGCCAUCAAAUAUAUCAUGGAUUCAGCUUUCAUCGCCGAGGAGGGAGACAGACCGCAGGUCCCCAACGUGGCCGUGAUCGUGACAGACGGGCGUCCUCAGGACCGCGUGGCGGAGGUGGCAGCUGAAGCCAGAGAGAAAGGCAUCGAGAUCUACGCUGUGGGGGUGGCCAGAGCCGACAUGGCGUCACUGAGGGCCAUGGCGUCCCCGCCAUUCGAAGACCACGUCUUCCUGGUGGAGUCGUUUGACCUCAUUCACCAGUUUGGACUGCAGUUCCAGGACAAGCUCUGUGGCAUGGAUCUGUGUCUGGAGUCGGACCACGGCUGUGAGCACAUCUGUGAGAGCUCCCCGGGCUCCUUCCACUGCCUCUGUCUGCCUGGAUACACUCUGAACGAAGAUGGCAAAACGUGUGCAGCCAUAGAUCUGUGUGCUCAGGGGAAACACGACUGUGAACAAAUCUGCGUCAGCUCACCUGGGUCUUUCACCUGCGACUGUAACAAAGGAUACAAACUGAAUGAUGACAAGAAGACCUGCUCAAUGAUCGACUACUGUUCGUUUGGGAACCACAGUUGUGAUCAUGAGUGUGUGAGUGUGCUCAAUGGCUAUCACUGCCGCUGUAACCAGGGAUACAGGCUGCUGGACGACGGCAAGACCUGCCAGGCCAUUGACCUGUGCGCUGAAGGGAAACAUGACUGUGAACAAAUCUGCAUCAGCGCGCCCGGCGUCUUCACCUGCGACUGCAACGAAGGAUACACACUCAACGAAGACAAGAAGACCUGCACACCCAUUGACCUGUGUGCCGAGGGGAAGCAUGACUGUGAACAGAUCUGUAUCAGUGCUCCUGGCGUCUUCACCUGCGACUGCAACAAAGGAUUCAAACUCAACAAAGACAAGAAGACCUGCACAAACAUGGACAUGUGUAACACAGUGGAGCACGGCUGUGAGCACCAAUGUGUGAACACUCUAGGAUCGUACUACUGCAUCUGUCCGGAGGGACAGCUGCUGCAGGAGGACGGCAAGAGCUGCGGCACCUGCAAGUCGGCCAACAUCGACCUGGUGCUUCUGAUCGAUGGCUCCAAGAGUGUCCGCCCCCAAAACUUUGAGCUGGUCAAAAAGUUUGUUAACCAGGUUGUGGACUCUCUGGACGUGUCUGCUCAUGGCACCAGGGUCGGUCUGGUUCAGUACUCCAGCCGGGUCCGGACGGAGUUCCCCCUCAACAUGUACCACACCGCUGAAGAGAUCAAAGCUGCAGUCAUGAAGGUUGACUACAUGGAGAAAGGCACUAUGACAGGUCUGGCCCUGAAACACAUGCUGGAGAACAGCUUCUUAGAGUCAGAGGGCGCUCGUCCUUCCAGCCGCAACAUCCCCCGAAUCGGACUGGUCUUCACAGACGGACGCUCGCAGGACGACAUCACAGAGUACGCCAAGAAGGCCAAAGAAGCCGGUAUCACCAUGUACGCCGUGGGCGUGGGAAAAGCUGUGGAAGAUGAGCUUCGUGUGAUUGCAUCUGAGCCUCAGGAGAAACAUUUCUAUUACACCACCGACUUCACUGCCAUCAGCAACAUCGCUGAGAACCUCAAACUCAAUGUCUGCCCAGAGGAGAGUCAGGGGGAGAUCGAGGUGAAGGACCCGUGUGCCUGCGAGAGUCUGGUGGAGUUCCAGCAGGCCACCAUGAGCAGCCUGGAGCAGCUCACACAGAAACUAUCUGGGAUGACUGCUCGUCUGGAGCAGCUGGAGAACCAGCUUCUCUCCAGGAAGUGAGGAAGUGAUCUUCAUCGCAGUGAGCGGACGGGACGCCACAGGGAAAAAGAAAGAAUAACAGAGUGAGGAAGAGGAGGGCACAUCAGAAACCUUUUCAAUCAAUGGACAAAACCAAAGUGUCUUUUCACAAAGCCUUUGUAGCCUUCAGUCGGCUUGUUGCUCUUCACCUUUAUGAGGAUGACACGUAUCUGAAAGCUUGUGAUAUAGAAUCAUAUUUCUGGUAUCAAUGUAAAUUACCUAAUUUGUACACUUUGUUUAAAAGAAUACAAAAUACAACAAACACUACAUCCACUUUCCCACCCAUCACUGGGCAAAACAACUGUAAACAAAUGCCUUCAUAAAACAGAUUACAUUUCUAAGUUUCCCCAGGACAUCUGUUAAAGAGUUAUUUUGGUAUUUUCCAACAUGGAUCCUAUUUUACCAAUGCAUUGCUGUCUACAUGACUGAUGUGAACAAACAUCUUUGAAAUUGGUCCGGUAUUGAGCAAGAACGCUGUAAACCGGCAGCCACAACUGGAAUGUAAUCAAAUACGUAGAGCAAAUGUGAAUCGGCAAUUUCAGUCAUCUAAAAGUUCUGUUUUUGCCACCGACAGGCUCAGAUUAUUAUUCCAAGUGUCUGACAACAUUAUGCAGAGGAUCCCUACAGAGAUGGACCUUUUUGUUAAAAAAUAAGAUCCUUUUUGAUUAAGCAGAAACAGCCUAGAAAUCCUUAUUGCCAAACUCACCAGACUUCAUUUAAAUAAUCAAUACUUUUAGCCUGUACAGAGCCAACACAUGUAUACAUGUAAAUAGGUAAAUUAAGGGUUUAGUUUCAAUCAAUCCAGAGUGGUGACUGUUGGAACAGUAGAAAGGACGAACCAAGACGGCAUUUGAUAGUUUUAUUUUGUUUCUGUUGACUUUGAAUGAAGUGCGUUUUGCGAUGAUAAAGAUCGUUGUUCCCAUCAGUCACUUAGACACAAAAACAUAAGUCAAUAGGGUCCAGGUUGAAUAAUACCAAAUUUACCCUUUAACUUUUGGGAUUUGUGUGUACCUACAUAAAGGAUAAACAGUCACACACACAAAGGGGAUUGCAGGCAUGUUGGCUGUCUUUGUAAACUAGAUGUAAUCAAUGUAGUGUAGAUAUUAGACACAAGCACAACAAAUAAUAAUAGUGAAAACACAAGUUUUCAUCACGCUCAGUAUUCAUUCGUCGCCACACAUUUUUCGUUAGUGCCUUUUAUACUUGAUCUGUUUUGUACGGUUUGUUAAAUGUGAUGUAUUUAUAGCAGAUUGUUUGCUUUUCUACCACAGUAGAAUAGCAAUUUAGAGAAAAGAGAUUUUAUAAAAUGAAGUGUUGUUACCACUCCCAAUAUUAAAUUGUCAUGUUCAUACCAAAUCAUUACUUGUUUCCCCGUCUAAACUAGUUUUGAUCACAGGUCUGAGGACUGAUGAAGAGGAAAGUGGUUUAGAUUCAAAACUAAAAGGGAAGCUAAGAAGUUUCAAGUAUCACUGUUCACUAAAGCUGUGGUCUGUUGUUGACAGAGAAAAUGUGAUGAACCAGAUAUGACAGGAACCAGUAUUUUACUCAAAAUAAAUAUGGUCUCACAUUUGUUAAUCAAAUUGGUUCUCUACUCUGCACUUUCUAGAUGUUGUUUUACAGUGCCCUAAACAUGUCUGAGUAUUAUUAAUACCAAAAAAAGUGGUUCACAUUACAUUAUUUUGUCUAUCUUUGCCCUAAAGUGGUCCUUUACAUCAUCAGCAAUGCCUGACCAGUCUGACAUUAUCUAGUUACUUCAGACUAACGGAGAAUGAGAGGCUUCACAGGGCACUGUAUGUAAAUUAAUGACCAACAUAACUUUGGUAGAUUGUCUGUCUCUCUCUUGUAGUUUUGUAUAAAAACAAAAGACCACCACAAAUGUAUACCCCUUUAUAUUUGAAUGCCUGUAUGUUUUUGUAUAUUAUUACCUUUUUGUAUUUUUUCGGAUGAUGUAUUACAGCACAGAAGGCAAUAAAAGAACUUUUCACUUUUGA